GGCGUACGACGACGCGUUCGAUGCGUUUUGCGAGGAGGACCCGAGCGCGGACGAGUGCAAGGUGUUCGAUUGACGACCGACUGACGACUGACGACGAGAGAGGCGCGCCUGGAGUCGCGAGUGGAGCGACUGUGACUGGAAGGGGUGGGGCAUCUAUCGAUCGAGCGCCUUUCACCCCGCGCGUUGAAAGGAAUCGCGGUCGACUUUGAUCGGAGAAAAAAGUCAUCUCCAUCGUAAUAAACGACGCGUGCGCAACUCAAAAACGCGUUUUUUCCCUCGCCCGCCCCGAGGGAUCCUUCCGUCCGCCUCCCGGCGGCAGUCGACGCCGCGCCAGCACCGCGGCGGGCGACGACGGCGCCACCAUGUCGACGUCGCCCCCCUCCCCCGACGGCUCGACGCACUCGCUCAUCGCGCUCGAGCUCGAGCGCGCGGACGACGACUCCUCGGACGGCGACGGCCUCGGCGGCGUCCCGCGCGGUCUCGCGAUGAAGUUCGGCGGAGACUUCGCGCCCGACGGCGCGUGCGAGGGAGGCGACGACGACCUGUCGCACACGCCGUUCUGGAACGCGACGCUGAACAACAUCAUGUACAUCGCGUCCCCGCUCGCGAUGCCCGCGACGCUCGCCGCGGGCGGAUGGUUCUUCGGCAACGUCUGGUUCGUCUACUGCGCGGCGUGCACGUACUGGACGGGCACGAUCAUCGGCAAGGUGUUCAACGCGCAUCCCGCGCUCACGACGUACCCGGCGAUGGUGGGCGAGGCGCUGCACGCGCGGUGCUACGCGGCGACGGGUGACGCGACGGCCGCGCGCGAGCACAGGAGGCGGGGGAAGCGCGCGGCCAAGGCGCUGCAGUUUACGACGUUUUACCUCGACACCGUGACGCAGAUCAUCUUCAUCGCGCAGUACCUCGGGCAGCUCGCGCCGCGCGCUGAGGUGUGCCAGUCCACGUGGCUAUUCAUCGUGUGGCUGAUGGUGAUCCCGGUGAUGCAAAUUCCCACGUUCCACGCGAGCCGGUGGGUGAUCGUGCCCGCGGUGACGGUGCUGUUCCUCGUCGUGGCGUCGUUCUUCGCGGAGGUGUCGCUCGUGAAGGUGCGCGAGAAGACUGGCGCCCGCGCGACCAGGGUUCUCCUCGCACUGGCGUGGGACUGCGAGCCCGGACCGUCCUACGGCGGCGUCACCGCCGGGUCCGUCUUCGUGUCGCUGUCCGGGAUGUCCUACGCGUUCGGCGGGCACGGGUUGUUCCCGGAGACGCUGCGGGAGAUGAAGGACCCGGAGCGGUGGCCGACGGUGAUGAAGCUGACGUACGGCGCCGUCGUGCCGACGUAUUUCGUCGUGAUGACGUUGGGGUAUUACGCCUACGGAUCGUUCGUGAACGCGAACGUGAACUUGAACUUUCCGAACAACGGCAUAAACGUCUUCUCGCUCGUGAUGCAACUGCUGCAGUGUUACUACCUCGUUUUUUACACGAACGUGGUCUUAGUCAUGGGGCUGGAGAUGCGGUUGGGGAUCGACCCGACGGCGACGUGGACGCCGGCGUACGCGCCGCCGCCGUUGCUCCCGGGUUUUUUUCCCGGGGGCGGGCUGAGGAUAUCGAUCGCGCCCGUGUGGGCGCGUCUCGCGCUGCGGACCGCGUUCCUCGCGUCGCAGAUGAUCGUCGCGGAGUUAUUCAUCGCGUCCGGGAGCGAGGACGUGAUCCUGGCCGCGCAGGCGCUCACGGGCGCGGUGGGGAUGGCGGCGAUGACGUUUUUUUUACCGUCGGUGCUCGCGUCGCAUUUGCUCCCCUCCGACGCGUUCGGCGACCGCGAGCGCAAGUUCAUCGCGGUGAACUUUUGGAUCGGGAUCUUCAUCAUGGCGACCGGAGUCGUGACGUCAUCGUACGACCUGCUGCGCGACGUCGGCGGGAAGGAGGCGUGCCUGCUCGGGUUUACGUAUUCGCCGAACGACCCGGGGGAUCCGUGUUACGUCAGCGGCAUCGACGGGGAGGGGGGGCGCGGCGAGCUGUGA